ACUUCGCACAGAGAGAUCACAGAGAGCGGGGGGGGUGGGGGCCGGUGUACAAAUUGAGAAGAGAGAGAGAGUACCAGUUUAAAUACUUCAGUUCACGGCUGUGGUGGAGAAGAAAUUAAGGGUAGCACGAGAGGAGAAAGAAAGCAAGAAAGCCCGCCCAUUAAUAACGAUGGAGUUGGAGCAGGAAGAAGAAGAGCCAGUGAGUCCCACCGGGCAAUACUUCAACAGUUCAGUCCUAUCAAUUUCAGUUCUUGGAGUUUUGGAAUCACAAGUUCCCAUAGACGACUCCCCAACCCUGUCCCUUCUCCAGGAUGUCUUCCUCCCCAUCAACCCUCGCUUUUCCUCCAUCAUGGUCAGGGACAAGAAUGGGAUAAAACAAUGGAAGAGAGUGAAAGUAAAUCUCAAAGACCACAUUAACGUCCCUAUUUUCCCAACAGCCACCGGAGACCAAUUCUACGACCAACAAUUCAACGACUACUUGACCAAAAUAUCCCUGUCCCAGCUCCCCCAGAGCAGGCCACUAUGGGAAAUUCACGUAAUCAAGUACCCGACGAGAGCUGCGGCCGGGCACGUGGUUUUCAAGCUCCACCACGCGCUCGGCGACGGGUUCUCCAUAAUGGGGGCCCUGCUCUCUUGUUUGCAGAGAGCCGACGAUCCGUCCCUGCCCCUGACGUUUCCCCUGCUCCGGAACGAUUUGAGUUUGAACGCGGAGGGUGGUAAGGGGAUUUGGAAUGCUUUUUCCGGGUUUUUCAAUACGGUGUUGGAUUUCGGGUGGAGCCUCAUGAAGAGUACCUUUGCGGAGGAUGAUCGGACGCCGAUCCGGUCCGGGGACGAUGGGGUGGAGUUUCGGCCUGUCGAUAUAUUUACGAUCACGUUUUGUUUGGAUCAGAUCAAGCUAAUCAAGUCCAAUCUUCAAGUGACGAUAAACGACGUGAUUACGGGUAUAAUCUUCUACGGAACCCGAUUAUACAUGCAAGAAACGGGCCAAGACCACUCCACCAAAUCCAAUUCCACUGCAUUGGUUUUGCUCAACACAAGGAAUAUUUCCGGGUACAAAUCCGUCGAGGAGAUGGUCAAACCCGACCCGAAUACAAAGUGGGGCAACCAAUUCGGGUUCAUACACGUGUCGAUCCCAGAGUUGAUGAAGGCAGCCGAUGAGAUUUACCCAAUCAAGUUUGUGUUUGAAGCCCAGGAAAUAAUCAAGAGGAAGAAAAACUCUGCUGCGGUUUUCCUCACCGGGAAGCUUUUGGAAACCUUGAGGAAAUACAGAGGACCUGAGGCAACAGCACGGCACAUACGUAACACCCUCAAGAACUCAAGCAUGACAAUCUCCAACAUGGUUGGACCUGUCGAACAAAUGGCUAUAGCUAAUCAUCCAUGUUCUGGCAUCUACUUCAUGGUUGUUGGUGUUCCACAGAGUCUCAGUAUAGCCAUGGUGAGUUACAUGGGGAAAUUGAGGGUUGCAGUGGGCACAGAGAAAGGCCACAUUGAUCCAAAUAAGUUCAAGUCAUGCGUCCAAAAUUCUUUUGACGUGAUGUUCAAAGCCGCAGCGAAUUCUCCUUCACAACCAAAUUAAUUUACAGGAUGAAAAUAGUCGUACAUUACUUAUAUAUGAAAAGUUGUGGGAGUAUUAUUUUACCUUUCAACACACGACGCAUUAUUCUCUCAUUGUUUCCUUUAUACCAAACCCAUUGCGAUUGCGGAUGCUCUUACAAUGUCAUUACUUUUUUAUUGUGUUUCCUUUUCUGCAUAUUAUUUUUGUCUGGAGAAAAUUAUCCUACAUGCGUGAAGACUUGCGGUUUCAUUAAAUCGUAUUAAAUUCGGAUGUAUAAGUCAUAUUCACUUUGGUAAUUCAGGACCAAUGUUUUAUAAAAUUCACACAUACAUUCGAUCA